UGCUGAAGUAAUAAAGGUAGAAAAUCCAAAAAUUGGUGAUGAUACUCGUACAUGGGGGCCACCUUGGGCAACAAAUAAAGAUCCUAAUGACCUUUCAACACCGGAAAGUGCUUACUUUUUGUCGAUUAACAGGAAUAAAAAAUCAAUCACUGUAAAUUUAAAGUCACCCGCUAGUAUAAAUAUAAUAAAAGAUUUGGUCAAGCAGAGUGACAUAUUAGUGGAAAAUUACAUUCCUGGAAAGUUGGAUAAAAUGGGAUUAGGUUUUGAUGAAUUGAGCAAAAUUAAUCCACAGUUAAUCUAUGCUUCAGUUACUGGUUAUGGCCAAACAGGACCUUAUUCAAAACAUGCUGGAUAUGACGUCGUGAUAGAGGCAGAGGCUGGUUUAAUGUAUAUUACAGGUGAAGAGGACAGACCACCUGUAAAGGUUGGUGUGGCUAUAACAGUUCUUAAUUUUCAUUAUAAUGAUAAAGGACUUUAUACACAUGGAGCAAUUAUGGCUGCACUGAUAUCACGAAACAAGACAAACCUUGGUCAAAGAAUAGAUUGUUCACUUAUUGAAUGUCAAGUUGCUUCAUUAGCAAACAUUGCUAGCAAUUAUCUCAUUUCUAAUCAAGAAGCUAAACGAAUGGGUACAUCUCAUCCCUCUAUUGUUCCAUAUCAAGUAUUUCCAACUAAAGAUGGUUUUAUUAUGAUUGGUGCUGGAAAUAAUAAACAAUUUAAAAUUUUAUGCAAUACAAUUGACAAAGAUGAAUUAAUAAAUGAUCCAAGAUUUACUACAAAUUCGGAUCGCAUAUUUCAUCGUAAAGAAUUAAUUUCACUUUUAGAGGAAAGAUUCAUGAAUGAAACUACUAAUCAUUGGCUAUCUUUAUUAUCUGAUAAGGAAAUUCCUUUUGCUCCAAUUAAUAAUAUUCAGCAAACUUUUGAACAUCCUCAAAUUCUUGUUCGUGGAAUGAUACAAGAAGUUGAUCAUCCUAAAGCUGGCAAAAUUAAGCUAACAGGCAUUCCUGUUAAAUAUAGUAGAGAAGCAUUGAAAAUAAGAUCACCACCUCCAACACUGGGACAACAUACACGUGAAAUUUUAACUAAUUUAUUACAUUAUACUAAUGAGAAAAUAAAUCUUUUAAAAGAAACUGGG